AUGUCUAGCAGCUCGACAAGGUUCGGGCGCAUCGUCUGGGAAAGCAUCGCCCGAAGCUUCACUCCAAGAGCGGCCCAGAGGCCGUCCGCCUUCAAUUUCUCGCCAUUCCCGACGCAGACCCGAUCGCUAUCUCAGCAUAAUGUGCGACGGAACUGCUCCGGCGGGCUCCUCCUGCUCGCUCUCGAUGGCCCGCAGCCAACGCAGAACAUGCUUGCCAGUUGCGCAACCGCAUCCGAAUCCAUGACGGGGACUAGUUCCAGCAAUACUGCAGUCAUUCGAAUGGCAAGGCAGGCAUGGGCAAGAAGCAUUCAUACAUAUGGCUCGGCCGGCCAGGUACAAGGGCGGCGGAACAAGAGCUCACAGGCAGGGGAUGGAGAGAAGGCGACUGGUACAAAGCAGAGCCCACAACAUGCAACGACACAGGGAAAGGGCCACGAGGCCGCAGGGAAGAAGGUCGAAGAAGGGCAUGACAGCCUCACAGAUUCAGUCUCGAAAUACUUGCAUCUUCCGCAUCUGCCCAAGAUGCCUCAUCGACCUACCAAAGAAGAGCUUCUGUCUGCGGCAACCGGAUUCUGGCAGAGGCUCAAGGUUCGCUUCAAAUGGUUCUCUAUACGAAGUGCAAGACCUUUCAAUGCCGAUGAGUGGGGUGCUUUUGUGUCCUGGAUAUUAUUCGGGCACUUUGUCUGGAUCCUCGUGGGAACAACUACGUUCUGCUCGCUCCUCAUUCUCUUGGUGAACACCGUCGUCGCGCAAGAAACACUCGCUCGAUGGGUUGGUGACUACCUAACCCAAGCAGCCGGAGUAACCGUCGUCUUCGAAUCAGCCAUUGUGCCAAAAUGGAGAGAUGGUGUCAUCACCUUCCGGAACGUUUUCGUGUCCCGUCGUCCUGGCCAGAUCAAGUCGUCUGUCUCGAAAGGAUCUCCUACCGAUGCAGCGGCAGCGGCAGCGGCAGCUCCUCACCCAGACUCGCAGGCCAAUGAUGAUGAUGGGAACUACACCCAGUUUGACGUGACGAUUAGUGAGGUGAACGUCACGCUGUCUUUCGCCAAAUGGUGGAACAGCAAGGGUCCUCUCCGGGAUGUCGAGGUGAAGGGGGUCCGCGGCGUUGUCGACCGCACAUCUGUUUUCUGGUCAGGGGAGCAAAGAGAUCCUCUGUCCUAUCGCCACAUCAGCCAGCCGGGGGAUUUCGAGAUUGAACACUUCAAACUGGAAGAUUUACUGGUCACGGUUCAUCAACCCGGUGGCUUUCGGCCAUUUUCCGUGAGCAUAUACAGCUGCGAGCUACCUCAGCUACGAAAGCAAUGGCUUUUCUACGACUUUCUCUCCGCCUCCCACAUGUCGGGGUCUUUUGACGGAUCAUUAUUCACGAUACAUCCAAAGCAGAUCCACGGCGCCGCUGCUGGUGAGGAGAAAUACGCCGCUGACAACCUUGGGGAACCGAGUGCUUGGAAGAAAUUCAGCCGGCUCCGCAUUGACGGGCUCAGGAUUGACCAUCUGAAUCGCGGCGUUAAAGGCACUUUCGGAUGGAUUUAUGAAGGAAAUGUCGACAUAGUGGCAGACGUCAUGUUUCCAGCGGAUCCCGACGACAGCAUUGGCAAGGUCAUGAGCGACUUCUACGACAGAAUGGAGGAUGCGGUGACCAGCAAUCGGUACCUGAGAAUUCUGGACAAAGAUAUCGGAACAAAUGCCAGCUUUUAUAACAUCAACAACGAAGCAAGUAGCCCAACGAAGGGCCAUCUCUCAGAGAGUACCGAAUACCACCGAGAUGAAUCAUGGACCAAUGCAUCAAAUACAGAGACGUCGUCGGAUCCAGCUCAACAGGAGGAGGUGCCCCGUUAUCUGGUCAUGGAUCUUCGCAUCCACCUCAACGACGUUCGGGCCUCGGUGCCAAUGUUCCAUGCCACCCCGGACAUCUCCUACGUCAACCAGAAUUUGGUUCGCCCCAUCGUGGCCUACAUCAACGCCAAGCACACAUAUAUCCCGAUCAACUGUCGCAUUGUGAAGCGUCAUCCUGACUUCGACGGGUCUUGGACGAUAUUCGACUGUGGUCUUAUGGACGAUAUGUCCGCGGAAGUGUACACCGCGUUCGCCCGUGACGUCGAAGACCAGCACUCACGUGUGAAGAGACUCAAAAAGGUCGGCUUCUGGGCAGUCAGCGUCGCACUUCAGGCUUUACUUGGCAUCUUGGCAGAAGCGAUGUUUAUUUGGAACCGAGCAGCUCGGCUCAGCCUCUCUUCACAAUUCAACACCGCGCUUUUGUUGGGUUCAAGGCUACGAAGCUUGCAGUACAGUGACGGCAGCCACGGCGUUGGAGUCGAAGAGAUCAUAUUUCUUCACUUGGAGUUACAGGAGCUGCGCCAGUAG